AUGUCACAGACAGUAACAGAAUCGGCGCAAAGAUGGAGAGGUAUAAUUAAUGUCGAUAUGGAAUCCGGAUCACGGAAAGCGACGGAGAUACGGCAAAAGAAUAGCCUCGCCUCUAAAAAGUUUUGCCAGCGCAAGAAGGUUCAGAAAGAGGAAAUGAAGAAGAUUAUCGAGAAAUUGACCGAAGAACGUGAUCAUUUUCGGCAUUUAUGUCAUCAGUUGUUGGAGAAGGAGCAGGGAAGCAGAAUCAUCAAACACUCCGCCAGUAUGCCUUCAUUCAAACCGGCUACGUCUUGA